AGGCGCGCAACGUGAGCUCGCUGCCCGCUCCGCGCCCGUCGCUCCCCAUCCAAUUCGGCAAAUUCCUCAUCUCCCCGCGAUCUCGCCACCCAGCGCACGCACACACGAACGGCCGAGCACGCGGCCGCCGGCGCCGGCGCAUCGGCGGCGGCGUACGUGCGAGGAAGAAGGCCGGCCACCAUACCGAUCACCAUUGUAGCGCCGCAGGAGGUGAUAAUCUGGGUCGUCGUCGUCGUCACUGCCGACGUACGGCGCCUAGCACCGGCUGCUGGGCGAGCGAGCUCGACCGCGUUCGCGUGAAUUAAUGGCGGGGUGCCUGUGGCCGUGCGUGACCGGCGGCGGCGCGGCGGCGGACGGGGCGGGGAGCCUGUUCCGGUCGAAGGCGAGGGGCCCCGUGGAGGUGGUGCGGCACGCGCGGGAGCUCCUCGCCUUCCUCGCCGAGAACCACGACGCGUGCGGUGACAAGCGCGACGUCAAACGCGAACACAAGAUGGUAGAUCUAGCCAAAAGCAUCGGGGAGAUGAAAUCCAUCCUUUAUGGAAAUGGCGAGGCAGACCCAGUCGAUGAAGCUUGCUCGCAGUUGACGAAGGAGUUCUUCAAGGAGAAUACCAAUAGUCUUCAUCUACUAGUUGUUUGCCUUCCAUACAUGGACCUGGAAACUCAGAAGGAUGUCACUCAAGUUACUGCGAAUUUGCUAAGGCAAAAGGUAGAUUAUAGGAUGGUUGCCUCUGAUUAUUUGGAAGAAAACCAGGAUCUUUUGGAUGUUCUAAUGUCUGGGUAUGACAACAUGGACAUUGCAAUACAUUAUAGUGCAAUUCUAAGGGACUGCAUACGGCACCAAGUCGCUGCAAGGUAUGUAUUAGAGUCUCAGCAUAUGAAGAAAUUUUUUGAUUAUAUACAAUAUCCAGACUUCAACAUAGCAUCUGAUGCCUUCAAGACCUUUAAGGAACUCCUCACAAGGCAUAGAUCAAGUGCUGCUGAGUUCUUUUCAAAUAAUUACGAUUGGUUUUUUCCGGAAUUUAACUCAAAAUUGCUGUCAUCAUCCAACUAUAUCAUUCGAAGGCAAGCCACUCAGCUACUAGGAGACAUUCUUCUGGAUAAGUCAAACACAACAGCAAUGGUGCGCUAUGUUAGCUCAAAGGAUAACCUCAUAAUACUAAUGAACCUUUUAAGGGAGCAAAGCAGGGCCAUUCAAGUUGAGGCUUUUCGCGUUUUCAAGCUGUUCACUUGCAAUCCGAAGAAGCCACCUGAGAUCGUGGGUAUACUGGUGACAAACAAGAGCAAAAUCCUCAGGUUCUUGGCAGAUUUCACAAUAGAAAAAGAGGAUCAGCAGUUCGAGGCCGACAAAGCCCAGGUUGUCACCGAGAUAUCGGCCAUGUGAUCAAACAACCGGAGAAAGCGUUGAUAUCCACAGAGAGUGGAGUUCCUCUUGUUUUCGUUUUCUUCAUCAUAAUCUAACCAAAUGGAAAGGAAAUCAAGCUGAUUCUACUGCUACGAUGCUUGUGGUUUGGGCCACUUGUCCAUUGAACUUGUAACUGGGCCGUUUGCUUGAUAGCCUCUACUACUACUAAUGUGUGCGCCCUUCCUCUCAAAAAGGAAAAAAAAAGAGAAUUUUGUCAGCUCUUCCAUCCUGCCACUUGCGCGAGACCGCGACGGGAAAAAAAAUAUGGAUAUUUUGGUCAAAGUCCUCCUGUGGGUUCGAUCGAACACAUGGCAAAUCGACAAAUUCAGAGAAACCAAAACGAAUGGAUGAAUGAUGAGCUUGUUUCAAAUCAAAAGACAAAAAUUAAGCGGCUAUAUUUACAUCAACACGGUGACCGAGCUGUAUCAAAGGAGGAGAGAUACAUAAUAGACUAGUUCCUCCUCCUAAUUAACUUAUCUUUUUUUUUGAGUAAAAAAGAAGAAGAACAAAAAAGAAAAAACUGUGAAGCGACUAGGCGGAGAAGGCGCCGUCCAUGGCGGCGACGGCGGGCCCGGACUUGGGGUCGACG